UGUCGCCCAGUUGAGUGUGUCUUGUAGCUGUGUCGAGUGUGUCUUAUAGCCCUGUCGGGCGAGCAGUUGGGAUAUUACAUAUAAUAAGAGAAACUUGUGUAAACGCUUAAUUUAUGUGGAGUGAACUAGUGGCCGUGAAGAAACUAGAUAUAUCCCAAAAUGGGCCCUGGCCGCUUAUAAAUAAUCGAUGUGAAAGAACACUUGUUAAGGAUACUGCUACAAGUUGAAGAGUGUAGGAAAUGGUUGAGCCAAGAGUAAGGUAGCGAGUGUUGGGCGCGGUGUGAGAGGCACCAUGAUGACCCACAAGAUGUGGAACCGUCUACAUUCACUGUACCACAAGGUGGUUAGUGGCGUGGCCACCGGCUCUGACCACCACCACCACCCUCAGGGCGCCGCCAAGCGCUCCCCAGAGGCCGUCGCCAUCAAGUUGAAAGGCAGAUGGUUCCACCCGAAUGUGUCGGGCCUGGAGGCGGAGGUGCUGCUCAAGGAGCGAGGCAUCGAGGGCUCCUUCCUGGCGCGACCCUCCAAGUCCAACCCUGGAGACUUUACCCUCUCUGUGCGCCGAAAUGGUGAAGUAACUCACAUUAAAAUUCAAAAUAUGGGCGAUUUUUAUGACUUGUAUGGAGGAGAAAAAUUUGCAACAUUGGCUGAGCUGGUGCAAUUUUACAUGGAAAAUCAAGGUCAACUGCGGGAGAAGAAUGGAGAGGUUAUUGAGCUCAAGUUUCCUCUAAACUGUGCUGACCCCACAACUGAGAGGUGGUUCCAUGGCCAUCUGUCUGGCCGAGAAGCAGAGAAGCUUAUUCUGGAGAAGGGCAAGAAUGGUAGUUUUUUAGUGCGAGAAUCGCAAAGUAAGCCUGGAGACUAUGUUUUAUCUGUGCGCACUGAUGACAAAGUUACACACGUUAUGAUCAGAUGUGUGGAAAAUAAAUAUGAUGUUGGUGGUGGCAGAAGAUUUGACACACUCAGCGAAUUGGUUGAACAUUAUCGACGGAAUCCCAUGGUAGAGCAGUCUGGUACUGUCGUGCCUUUGAAAAUGCCCUUUAAUGCUACAAGGAUCAAUGCACGAGGCAUUGAUAGCAGGGUACGAGAACUAUCGCGUCGACGCCAAACAAGCUUUGACCCGUCAUUACAGAAGGAGCAUCAGGGACCUACUAUGGGAAAGGCUGGAUUUUGGGAGGAAUUUGAAUCCCUGCAACAGCAAGAAUGCAAGCAAUUAUACUCUCGCAAAGAAGGGCAGAAACCAGAAAAUCGCAAUAAGAAUCGUUACAAGAACAUUUUGCCAUUUGAUCAUACACGCGUCAUACUUCGAGAUACUGACCCAGGCAUACCUGGGUCCGAUUAUAUCAAUGCUAAUCUCAUCUCGAGUGAAGAGGAUGUUGGCAUUGAGGCCAAAACCUAUAUAGCAACUCAAGGCUGCCUACCCUCCACUAGUGCAGAUUUUUGGUGGAUGGUGUGGCAGGAGAAUACAAGAGUAAUUGUCAUGACAACCAAAGAAGUGGAACGAGGGAAGAAUAAAUGUGGCCGUUACUGGCCCGAAGAGGGCUCUUGUAAGGAAUAUGGCCGUAUCACAGUUCGCAAUGUUUCUGAAAGCUCAAACAAUGACUACAUACUACGAGAAUUCCUCCUCACUGUCAAAGAUGAUCUGCCCGAGAGAAAAGUUUUUCAUUAUCAUUUCACUGCUUGGCCUGACCACGGUGUUCCGUCCGAUCCUGGGUGUGUUCUGAAUUUCCUGCACGAUGUUAACAAACGGCAAGAAGAUAUACCAUCAGCUGGGCCUGUGGUUGUCCAUUGCUCAGCGGGUAUUGGAAGAACAGGAACCUUCAUUGUUAUUGACAUGAUUCUUGAUCAGAUCAAGAGACAAGGUCUUGAUUGUGAAAUUGACAUACAGCGUACAAUCCAAAUGGUCCGUUCACAGCGUUCUGGAAUGGUACAGACAGAAGCACAAUAUAAGUUUGUUUACCUGGCCGUCCAGCACCAUAUAGAAACUGUGCAGCAACGUAUCUCUGCAGAGCAGAAGAGCUUGCAGCUGGGUCGCGAGUAUACAAAUAUAAAAUACAGUAGCGAGGCUGCAGGGGGAAUAGAAAUGGGUAAAUCUCUUUCACGCUCAACUAUUUCACUUCCUACCACACCAUCAACAACACCGCGUGAUCCUAAGAGACCCACAUCAACUGCAACCUUACCCAAGACGCAGUCUGAAAAUCAUCUACCAAGGCCUCCUGAUGAACUUCCAAAGCAAAUCUAUGAAAAUGUUCCUCCGGCUGUGAAAGAGAAGAAGACAAAAUCUGCCACGAUGUCCCCAACGACACCCACAUCCCCCACCUUUCCAACAUCUCCUACUGGUUUCCCCAGCGUUCCGGCUGGCGCUACCGCCACUUUUCCCUCCCCUGCUGCUGCGCCACGCCCUUCUAUGCCACCCCGUGCCACCUGACAAGAGAGUUCAGAGUAGAAAGUGUAUCACAUAAGCAGAAAUAUCAGAAUUACAUCAAAGAUAAUUGUGUUAGUUUACAACUUUGAAUUGUGCAUGAAACCAUUAUUAGCCAGACGAAAUGCUUCUUCAUGCACAAGUUGUUUUAACAAAAUUUAUAUUUUUUCUGCUCUGAACAAAUGGACUGUCUCUUGAGUUGCUGAUAAAGUUUUGUACAAAUAGCAAAAGGCUGGACCUACGUAUAACAAGUUCAACACAAGACGCAGCUGUAAUUUUUUAUUAAAUGAAGAUGAGCUUGAACACCAGACAAAAAUCAUUUGCUGCUAUUGUCUCAUCUUAAUCUGCUGCAGAUUUGCAUAGCUAGUCAACUGCAUUUUCUGUUAUUGGAACUAUUUAGUGUUUAUAGUUUUCAAAUGAGAUUUACAUAAAUUAAUUCCUCUGGUCCUGCUCUAAGGGAGCACUUGAAUGCAUUGGUGUUAGGAAUGUAAUUAAUAAACCUUAGAAGGCUAUAAAUUCCUGAUAAGAUUGCCUUUGUGUAUCAGAACAAGUGGAUAUUUGAGUGGUUCUGAAGCAUGUACCUGAUGUGACCACACAGAAUAAAACACUCCAGUUCAAUCUAGAGUCGCCAAUGCAUCAAAAUGCAAUUUUUUCCUAUGACUUCUCAACUCUAAUUCUGUUCAUACAUUCCAAAGCAAAAUAGUGGGCUCUGUUUUUCAGCUUUACCUGGUGAGAUGAAAUGUUUACAAAUCUUUUUUUUUAUUUUGUGAAUAACUAAAUGAAUAUGGAUAUGUUUCAUGAUCAUUCAUGAAAACUAACUAUAUACUUCCUGAGUUUAGAUAUAUAAAGUAAAGAAACAAAGUGAUCCUCACUGGCUAUUGUUGAAAAAGGGUAUCAUUUAAGAAGCAUUUUCACAUUUCCCUUAAAUGGGCAAAUUAUCCAUAUUCAUAAUUUGUUCUCAGAUCUCUCUUCUUUGCAGGCUUACACAUGUACAUCAUACUUUCCCUUUAUAAAUUUAUACUUCAAUUUGAUUGUCAUUUGUUUUCUUGCAGGUAACACCAAGUUUUAUACAGUACGACUAAUAAAAUGACCUAGUUAUGAUGGAUGUUCCCGUAAAAGUUAUUGCAUUGUAAAUUAAAUUAUUUGAAUAUCGUGAAUGAUUCAGAGUUAUUGUGUUAAAACUGUGUACUCUGCAUUUAAAAAUAAAAGAAAAUGUAUUUUGUGUUAUUCAAUGGAAAUUGUGAUAUUUAUUCUUCAAAAGCUUUGUUAGCCAUGGGUUAAAUUGUCAAAUUAUCAGACAAGUAUUAAGACACUAUGGUGUAACUGACACUUGUCUUGCAAGCCCACAGGAAAUCAUGAUUGCCCUAGUAAUACAGUACUGUAAUAAAAUUUUAAAGUUGUGGGGUAAACUGUAAAGGCUUCCAUGUUUUUGAAAUAUUUGUUAUAAUUUAAUUGCUGUAUUUUCAUGUAUGCAGAGGUGCAAAUAUCAUUGUAGCAUAUAUAAGCUCAAAGUUACUACUACAUUUGUCCCUAAAAUCAUUCUGUAUCUGGCUUGGCAAAGAUACCAUGGCAUGGCAAUGUCUACAUUAAUGUAAUUUGUGUUAAAUUAUAUUUUGGAUAAGCCUUCUAAAAAUACCUCAUGUAAAGUGCAGUUCAUUUUGCUGAGGAUUUUCAGACUUUUUUCAUAUCUAGUCCUGAUUUUUGCAUUUAUAUUACAGUAAACAUAAAUUGGUAAUUCUUUGACUUCACAAAUGAUAAAGCAAUCACAUUAAAAGUGCAUCUGUUUGUAUAAGAAGUAAACAAGAAAUGUGCAGUAUCAGCUUCAAACAAAAAAUCAUUAAAUAAAACAUUGUUAUCUUUAUAAAUAUAAAUUGAAGACCUUUUAAGUAUUUACACGGUAUUCAUACUGUCAUUAGCUCUCCAAAUUAUUGUUCUAUAUAUUGCCAGAAGAACAAGAAUCUAUUUCGUUUCAAGUAAAUAUGCACUUUAUUGACAGAGUUCAUAUUUCAUUGCAUUUUCUGAAGGUAAGUACAGUAUCUUUAAAGUAAUUUCAUCAUACUGCAUUAUAUGUUGAAUAGCUUCAAAUAUACAUGUGUGCACAAAACGUCUACUGGUUGUUAUAUGUGUGCCAAAUAUUGCAUCUUCUGUACUAUUAUGCUACUGUGCUUACAUGUGUCGUGCUCUCUAAUGACUGCAAGUCUACGCAUUACAGGAAUUACAACUUUGGUGUUCAUCUUUAAUGUUCAAAGACAUGUCACUCAUUUAGAUGAAAAACCUUCAUAUUCUUAUUUAUUACAAUAUUACUCUUCUUGGCAUGCCUACAUGUAGGCUAUUCCCAUGUUUGUCUUACCUUACCACGUUUCUCAUCUCAUAGUGUGGUUCAGUGUUUUGCUAGGGGGGAAAAUGGGAACUUGUGCAUUAGAUCUCAUACAUGGACAGUUAAUUGUCCUGGGUCACCAGUUGUGAUCAGUUGGACUAGUUGUACUUCGAUGUAUGGAAGUAACUGUAUGUAAUACCUAAUGUCAAAGAAAAUAAAAAUCCAGGACAUGAACUUAUAAAGAUGUAGUGUUAUGAGUGUUGUGUAAAAUAAUAGCCCUGUUUCCCAGUAUAUGAACAAUGACUAGCCAGCAGUUAUAUGAUGGCAAGUUGUAGCAUCUUUAGUGACACAAAUAAUGCUGCUGCUGCAGAUAUUUGAUGCUUAGUCUGGAAUUAUAUCAAACUGCUCUAUUUUCCAAAAUAUAUUUUGAAUCCCAAUAUGUUAUUGAAAUAUUUACAGGUUUUUAUAUUUCAAUAUACAGUACUGUACUGAAUGUCAUAGUUAAAGAAUUCAUACUUAAUCUUUGUUCAUACAUAGUGCAUUUUAAGGUGUUACCAAGCUCAAAAUGUGUAAAGAAGUCAUUAAAGUUAAAACUUCUGUACCAGGCAGUGCUUUUAUAUUUGAUGGCAAAAAUAACUGCUAAUAUGGUAUUUUUUUUGUUAUGCAGUAGUUUUGAAGUUGAAAACAUCACCAAUUCAUUUGUGGCAUUUCUCUUUAAUCACAUUUAUAAAUGUAAUUUACAAAUAUUUAUUUUUCUGCCAUUUAAUUUGUGACUGGAGUAUAUUGACUCUCAUUGACAAUUAACACUUUUUUUUUUGCAAUGUGGUAAGCUUUGUCAAGACUGUAUGCUCCAGUGUAUACUUGUGAACUUUUAGAAAACUGAUCUAUGGCAAGCUAAUAAAGUUGAUGGCUUGUCCUAACCAUACAAAGUAACAUCAUGCUAUCACUCACUUAUCACAACAUUUUUUAUGUACAGUAUUUCAUAGUCAAUCAAAAUGGUGGAAGUUUGCAAAGUAAGAGAAAAUAGUACACUUUAGCUAUUUACCUGUGGAUACAAUUUCAUUUUAUUAACAUAGAUGAAUGCAUCACAUUGAGCAAGAGGUUCAGUAAAGGUCCUAUGCGACUAAACUACAUUUUACAUAUUAAAGUAAAAGAUGAAAGUGAAAUUGCUUUAAUUAUUUACUGAUCAGCAGGUACUACAUUGAUGUAGUCUAAAAUCAACUCUGUGAUUUUAUUGACACACUGUAAUUCCCCAAUUAUAUAUACAGUAUUGUCGAAUUCUAAUAUAGUUUUCUCCUUUCUCAAUUUUUUUUAUACAUAUCAAACACUGUACAGAUGAUUGUUAUGAUAAUAUAAAGAUAGCAAUGCAGUGCUGCAUAUUAAUUUGAAUAGUUAUAAAUUGUCGUUGUAUUUGUAGUAGCACCAGAAAGUUGGUUACCAGGAAAACUAAGAAUUUACUGCAAGUUUUAGUAAGGAAGAAAUGCACAAAGGUAUAAUGAAUAAAAGUAUGAUAUGCAGUCAUAACAAAUUGCAAAGAAGGUAUAGAUGAACCAUGGCUUCCAGCACGGAUGUUGCCAAGUGUAUCAGGCGAUCCGUGGGAGCCAACACAGUUGUCCAAGAUUAUGCAAAGGCUUCCCAACACAGGUAGUGUCAGGGAUACAGUGUACACAUACGAUGGCUACCUGAUUUAUUUAAUUUUCUUUGUGUUGUCCAGCCCUUCUGUGUUGUCAUAUCUCCAUUUCAUUGUAGCACUGUCUCUUGACAUGCAACUUUGUAGCAGUGUCCCUUGACAUGCAACAUUGUAGCAGUGUCCCUUGACACGCAACAUUGUAGCAGUGUCCCUUGACACGCAACAUUGUAGCAGUGUCCCUUGACACGCAACAUUGUAGCAGCGUCCCUUGACACGCAACAUUGUAGCAGUGUCCCUUGACACGCAACAUUGUAGCAGUGUCCCUUGAUACGCAACAUUGUAGCAGUGUCCCUUGACAUGCAACAUUGUAGCAGUGUCCCUUGACACGCAACAUUGUAGCAGCGUCCCUUGACAAGCAACAUGAGUAUGUUUUGUGGAUGUUAUUGCUUUCUGCUCUAUACAAAUACCCUGUUGACUGUUCUGAAAUAUAAAGAUUUUAUUGUAAA